AAGUGGCAAUAGAUGCAAUCGUGCGGAAAGAAAUGAAAAUGUUUAGCGACAGCAGUACACGGGCGGCAACAGCCGCCAGUACGGCGUUCUCCUGCCGAAGGCGAUCCGUCGCACUUUGGUUCUUUGUUCCACUGUUUGUCCUUGGCAGCUUGCUGGUUGAUCAGACACAUUCCCAAAUGAUUGGUGGAGAUGAUGCUGGCAAUCAGUGUGUGUGGUAUGGUAUUUGCAACGUCGACUCACUGAACCGAGCGCAGUACUGUCCGUACAACGGGACGGCCAAACCGAUCGACACGAAGGCGAAGGAUCUGUUGCAGAUGUGGUGUAAACAUCUGCUGGUUGAGGAUGCCACCGGUAACAUAAACACGUGCUGUGAUGCGGCACAGGUGGAAGUACUAAACAAAAAUGUGGCCCUUGCGGCCAACUUUCUCGCCCGUUGCCCAUCCUGCAUGGCCAAUCUGGUGCGGCACAUGUGCGACUUCACCUGCAGCCCGCAGCAAUCUAGCUUCAUGAAGGUGGUAUCGACAGAAGAGGUCGAACCGAAGGAAACCGAUGAAAAGUCCGACCAACCCGGCACAACGGUUGCGCCAACACCCAAAGAGUACAUUACCAAAAUCGAUAUCCACAUUACACAGCAGUACCUUAAUGGAACAUUCGAGUCGUGCAAUCAGGUUUCGGUCCCCUCGACCGGCCAGCUUGCGCUGGAUUUGAUGUGCGGUGAUUGGGGUGCUUCCCGGUGCAGCCCGACGAAGUGGUUCCACUAUAUGGGUGACGCGGAGAACAAUCUGUACGUACCUUUCCAGAUCGAUUACGUGGCGCACAGCUCGUCUAAUGAAACCAUCGAUGGCUAUCUGCCGUGGAAUCCACGUAUCGUUCCAUGCAAUGAAAAGCUGGAUGCAAAUACACCGGCCUGUUCGUGUGUCGAUUGUGAAGCAUCCUGUCCAAAACCGCCGCCACCUCCCAGUCCCACGCAACCCUUCGUCAUCUACGGUAUGGACGGAUAUGCGGUCGUCAUGUUCGUCGUGUUUGUCGUGUGCAGCGGACUAUUUUUGAUCGGUGCCUGUUUCUGCCAUUCGAGCACUGGUGCCAGCAGUGGAAGUGGCAGUGGAGCAAAACUGUUGGUAAAUAGUGGUGACGCGCUACCAUCGGAUCUGCGGUCCUCGGUGGGCCGCAGAUUGGCCGGUGGUCUCUCCUCUAACAGUGGCGAUCUGGGCACGGACCGGGAAGAUUCACCCCUACAGUCGAAGCGAUCGAGUGCCACUUGGGACGGUGAGCAGGAACUACGACCACAUCCGUCCGGUGUAGGUGCAGCCGAUGAAGAUGACGAUGAGUCGGGCUAUUUCGAACGGCUCGGCGCGAAAACGGAAACUGCUUUGGAACACUUCUUCACCGCCUGGGGCACAACAUGUGCCAAGCAUCCGUGGCUUGUGCUGCUUGGAGGCCUCAUCUUCAUCGUAGCAAUGGGAAUGGGCAUUAACUUCCUCCGCGUCACAACCAAUCCCGUGGAACUAUGGGCUUCGCCCCAUUCCCGGUCCCGCGUCGAGCGCGAAUACUUCGACUCCAACUUUGAACCAUUCUACCGCAUCGAGCAGAUUAUCAUUAAGGCGGAAAACCUUAGCAAUGUGAUGCACAACACCUCGAACGGUGUGAUCCAGUUCGGGCCUGUCUUUAACCGCCAGUUUCUGCUGGACGUGUUUGAUCUGCAGGAACAAAUCAAAAAGCUUGAGGCCGUACGUGAGGAUGGCAACAAUGGAACGGUCGGUUUGAAAGACAUUUGCUUCGCACCGCUUAGUUCGAGCAGUGGUCCGAAGGAUACGCAAGAAUGUGUGGUACAGUCGUUGUGGGGCUACUUCUCUGACGACAUGGAUAACUUCAACGAAGAGGAAGAGGAUGCGCAGGGUUUUGUGAUCAAUUAUCUGGACAAGCUAAUACAGUGCUUUGGUAACUAUUACAAUCCUGGCUGUUUGGCACCGUACGGUGGACCGAUCGAUCCGGCCAUCGCGCUCGGUGGUAUCCCUCAGCCGAAAUCUCCCGAAGAGAAGGCAAGUUACACGGAAGCGAACGCAGUUAUACUGACGUUCUUGGUGCGAAACUACCACGACAAGAACAAGCUCCAGUCGGCACUGGCCUGGGAAACGAAGUACGUGUCGUUCAUGAAGAAUUGGACAAGGGAAAACAUGAGCAUUGCCUUCACCUCGGAACGUUCGAUCGAGGAUGAGUUGGCACGGGAAUCACAGUCGGAUGUGUCGACCAUCCUGGUGUCAUACAUCAUCAUGUUCGCCUACAUCGCCAUCUCGCUCGGUCACGUAAACCAGUGGAAGCGGGCAUUGAUCGAUUCGAAGGUGACGCUCGGUUUGGGAGGAGUUGCCAUCGUGCUGGCCUCGGUAGUCGCAUCGGUUGGCAUUUUCGGAUAUAUUGGCGUUCCGGCAACACUGAUUAUUGUGGAGGUAAUUCCAUUCCUGGUGCUGGCAGUUGGUGUCGACAAUAUCUUCAUUCUGGUGCAAACUCACCAGCGUGAUACGAAAAAACCAACGGAAACGCAUGCCGAACACAUUGGACGCAUUUUGGGUCGCGUUGGACCAUCGAUCCUGUUGACAUCGGUCAGUGAGAGUUGUUGCUUCUUCCUUGGCGGUUUGUCCGACAUGCCGGCAGUGCGUGCGUUCGCACUGUACGCUGGAAUGGCGUUGCUGAUCGACUUUUUCCUACAAAUUACUUGCUUCGUAAGCCUGCUGGCGCUCGAUACGAUCCGUCAGGCUGACAACCGGCUGGACGUCCUGUGUUUCCUGCGCGGCUCCAAGAAGGACAUGCCGGGCAGCAUCGGUGAAGGAUUGCUGUACAAGUUUUUCAAAAGCAUCUACGUACCGUUCGUGAUGCGCAAGCCGGUCCGCGUGGCUGUGAUGAUUGUGUUCUUCGGAUGGCUUUGCUCGAGUAUUGCUGUCGCACCGCACAUCGAUAUUGGGUUGGACCAGGAGCUUUCCAUGCCGGGUGAUAGCUUUGUGUUGAAAUAUUUCCGCUAUCUGCAGCAGUACUUGAGCAUUGGGCCGCCGGUUUACUUUGUGGUGAAGAACGGGCUGAACUACUCGACGAUGCAUGAUCAGAACUUGAUAUGUGGCGGACAGUACUGCAAUCUGGACAGUCUUUCGACGCAGGUUUAUAUAGCGAGCAAGCAGCCCCAGUCGAGCUAUCUGGCCCGGCCGGCAUCUUCGUGGUUGGACGAUUAUAUCGAUUGGUCGGCAGCGCCGGGAUGCUGCAAACAGUGGACGAAUGGUAGCUUCUGUCCACAUCAAAAGAGUGCCUGUGGUAUGUGCAACAUCACACUGACCCCUCAAAAGCGCCCGGUGGAGGAUAGUUUCCGGCAGUAUGUUUCCUUCUUCCUGGAGGAUAAUCCGGACGAAGCGUGCGCCAAAGCGGGUCACGCUGCAUACGGCAGUGGUGUAAAGUAUCGGCCCGAUACACUAUCCCCACUGUACAACGAUGUCGGAGCAUCCUAUUUCAUGGCUUACCACACGAUCCUUAAAUCAUCCUCCGACUACUAUGAGGCGUUACGUUCGGCACGCAAAAUUUCCGCCAACAUCACAAGCACGAUACAGGCAAACCUUCGGCUGCAGGGACGCAGUGAAGCCGACAUCCAACAGAUUGAAGUGUUCCCGUACUCGGUGUUUUACGUGUUUUACGAACAGUAUCUGACGAUGUGGCCCGAUACGCUCAAGAGCAUGGGCAUUUCGGUGCUGGCAAUCUUCAUCGUAACGUUCCUGCUGAUGGGCUUCGAUAUCCAUUCGUCACUGGUGGUGGUCAUCACGAUUACGAUGAUCGUGAUCAACAUCGGUGGACUAAUGUACCACUGGAACAUUUCGCUCAAUGCCGUAUCGCUGGUGAAUCUCGUAAUGGCGGUCGGCAUUAGUGUUGAGUUCUGCUCCCAUCUGGUGCACAGUUUCUCCAUGUCGGUGGAGGAAACGCGCGAAAAGCGUGCGGCUGAUGCGCUCACCAAGAUGGGCAGUUCCGUGUUUUCUGGCAUCACGCUGACCAAGUUUGGUGGCAUUCUGGUGCUCGGGUUUGCCCACAGCCAAAUCUUCCAGGUGUUCUACUUCCGAAUGUACCUGGGCAUUGUGCUGUACGGUGCCGCUCACGGGCUCGUGUUCCUGCCGGUGCUGCUAAGCUAUAUCGGCGCCCCUAUCAACAAAGUCAAACUGGCCAAUCACCGACGACAAGCGAUGCAGGAAACUCAGGAAACGUCCCUCUCGACAACCCUGCACCGGGAUGAAAGAAUAUUUAUGUUUGAGCGAAUCGAGGCCGAUAUACACGGCGUGAUGCACCGCCGAAGACGCUCCAACAACGAUAUCUCGAAAAAUGGCACACAACAACACCACGCCAGUGCUAAUGAGAUCGAUUCGGAGCCGAAUAUGGAACAGGAUGCAGCGUACUAUGACGACCGACAAUCUUCCAACCACCACCACCACGACGACGACGACGACGACGACGAUGAGCAGGCCAACAUUCAGCGAACGGAGCAAUCACAUUAUCCUGUGCUUCGCCAGGAACAAGAAACCCAAAGAAGACGAGGAAGAGGAGGAGGAGGAGGAGGAGGAGGAAACCACCGGCCAACAGCAGGAACAGCAAUCGGGGCAGGACCCAGCUACACCGGAGCACGACAGCAACCAACCACAACACUUGAGGUCCACGCCCAGCACGACCUUCCUCCGGGUGAGGAUACGGACGAGCUUACCGAGCCUCUUCUGCAGCAAGCAUCCCCCAACAUCCAGUGCGCCCCGCACGGAUCUCUAAAGGAGAAUGUUCAAACCUCCCCAAAAACAACAACACCGGCAGCUGCAGCAGCAACACCACCACCAGCAUCAAAGCUUUCCCCAUCUUCGUCCAUCUCAUCUUCCUCGCUGUCUUCGAAAACGUCCAAAGCGUCUAAAACGUCCUCCAAGCGGCACCGGUUGCGCAAGAGCCGCUCGAAGGAUGCACAAACGGAAAUCGAGCACCCGAAAGCGCCGCUAGUGGUGGCAGAAGAUUCAGAAGAUUUAGACGGCGAGGAUGAGGAGGAGGAGGAGCAUACGCAGAGAGGGUCACUUGAAACAUCCAACAGUAACAGUGAUGCGAUUUUUGACAAUGAAGAUCGAAGGACGGUCAAAUCCGCCUCGUCUUCGUCGUCUCGUUCCACGAUGGUACCGCGGGGACGAUAA